UUAUCUAAGUUUAUCUUCCUGCCGUUAACCAUUCUCGCGUUUCAUCACAACGACACAGCUUGUACAGGUUUUGAUCUGACGCAUAUCGAAGAAAAAGUAACAGAUAGAAAGUGUGAAAGAGGUUCAAAGUCUUCUUUUUCUUUACAUUAGCGUAUGCGUCAUAAUAUUUGUACUGCGAAAUUUUCUCCUCGCGAUGGAAGAAUGGCGAGCAGAGCUAACACUCGGUGCAUUGUACAUCUCAUCAGCAAUCUUCUCCGUGACGUCGUUGAUCAGUCUGGUCACUGUUUGGCAGCAUUGGACAUGGAACCUGGACGUUUGCAUCAGCAUCGACUGCAGCUGCAUACUGUACGGGAUUAACACCUUCAGGACUUUCACGGGAGGCGAAGUGAAGUUUUGCCACUUUGGUGUUUACGGCUUGGUUCCUGCAAUUUUAAUUGGUUUAUGUCUCGGUGGAUACCACGCGUACAGAUGCUGUAUUAAUAGAAAUUUCGACGGGCCUGUGCGAGUCUACGAUAAUCCCAGGAGAAGCUUGAACGACGUUCCAAGAACAGUGGUAGUGAGGCCUAAGAGCAGGAGACCGUACAGACAAUGGCUAGCCGCUUUGUUUCUCGCGAUUUUAAUGUGUUGCCUGUCGUUUGCCCACGCUGUGAUAACGACGGGGGGUUACUACAAAACCUGCGAGCAGUACCGAAGAAGACUCAUAGAACUCCUGAACUCGACGGGUCGCGAAGCUGAGCUGAUACACGACAGACUCUCGUGCGGGGCGAUCUUUGAUUUCAUGGAUUAUUUAGAACCACAACUAGCCGAUUGGAGACGCGACAAACUCGUUGACACUGGCAUCGCACUGCAAUUGGCGAUAAUAUUCACGUGGUUAAACGUCUGCGCUUGGAUACUAGCGUUCCUUUUAAACUUUGUUAUGGCGCGCAAGAGAAUCUGUUGCUGCGAAUGAAACGAUCAUCCCCUAGAUUGUAAUUAGGACUAAAUCAUUGAAGCGUUGGAAUAUUUCAACAGAAAAAUAUUCGCAAGAUCAAUUCUGGGAGAGAUCUGAACCAAAUUCUGGUUGUAUUAACUAAUAGACCCCGUACAAUUACUCUCAUGAGCGCUCUUACGCGCAUAUAUUCUUCUUAUUUACUUAAACUAAAUGCAUAAUGGUCAUACAAU